GAGAAUCACAAUCGCAAUUUAUAUACCAAGGUGAAAAGUAUGGAAUUAAUGUUGAAAAAAACGAGAAAAUUAAGUGGAUAUUCUGAGAUUUUAUUAAACAAUUUAUUGUGGACCCUAACAACCAAAACCGUAUCAAGCAAUAAUCGGAGAAAUUUGCUCUCAAACGAACUGUUGACAAAUACAUAAUCUGACAUUUCGCAACGUCGAUGCGUUAUUUCAUUCUGAAUUACAUUAAUAUUAGUACUAUAUCAAGAUUAUCAUUAUUACGAGCAGUCACCAUGAAUACAUUUAUUUCCUUUUAAAUCUGGCUGUGGGACGAGCCUCCAGCAACAAAACACAUCAAAAUGGCUUCACAAAUCGAAAUAUCCGCACAGAUUUGUGUUUUGAAUGGAAUUACAAAAACAAAAUAUUCAGAUUCCGAUGUCGAUAUUUUACAACCUUAUGGGAACGUUGUUUGACUAUUUGCUCUUAGCUGUUCAGUUACUCACCAAUAUGAGUUCGCCAAUAUACGAGCAUUACCAUUGCGCGCCACCGCGUGGUCCAGCUAGAUCUUUGUGGAAUCGAAAGCAAAAAGAAAAAGUGGGCACGGCAGAAUCUGAAUCAUCAAAAACGUCGGAUGUGGAUCAUUGUGCUGAACCAUUGGCCACAAUGAUCUCGCUGCAAAUGAUGGCUAUGGACGUGAUCGACCAGAUCCAAGUGCAAGAGGCUUUGCACCAGUGUGCAACAUCACAAAGUUCACCAAAGCCAAAGACGACCCCCACAGCUGGCAUCGAGAUGAAGGCGUUUCCCUCCUGUGGGGCACCCACAUUCUGUUACUUCUUUAUUGACCUGCAACCCCAAUCUAUACCCCUCUGCAAAAGCAUUCAAGACAAAGACGAGUUCGACGAUGCCGCCAGCCACAGUCAAAGAUCUAACGAUAGCAAUAACAAUGCGGAUGCCGAGGCUGCUCGCCGACUGCACCGACAACGCAGUAUUUCCGAAUGCAGCGAAGACAGUUUCAUAUGCUUUGAAGAAGACGUGGAUGAGAAUGGUACAAUGACCUCGAAUGGAUGGUGCGAUGAUAAUGAUCCUGAACCUGAUGCUGACGACGACUACGAUGAUGAUGAUGACGACGAUGACACUACCGACGAGGUGUGUGAUUGUGACGACAUCAGUACGAAGUCCCCCAAAAAGGUCCGCUUUAAUUUGGUACCCGAUGUACAUGUAAUGCGUACGUGGAACUUUGCAUAUCGGGCUGCUCGAAAGGGUGAUUGGCAAGUCUAUUCCCGUGACCGUGACAGAUUUCAACAAAGAAUAAAUCGUGUGGCGCCCAUAUUAAGUACCGUUUUGAGUUCGAACCAUAGAGAAAAAGUCUACAAUGAACGUUUUUCAAUGUAAAUUAGUCUAUGUAUUUCCAUUUCCCCCUUAAUGAAGCCUUUUGAUGUACACAUUAAACUAGUAUGAUUAUUUGAAAUUAAAUUCGGCACAAUAUCUUUGUGUUAUAUAA